UACGAUAUGACUCCAUGCUUUUCAAUAUUGUCAUUAGUGGAUGUCACGACAUCUCUGUCUAUCUAACUGCCUUAUUACCAUCACUCCUGGGGAUCUCAGGCGUAUAUCCCUGACAUUCUGCUGCUGAGUUGGCAUAGCUUUGUACACCUCCUGGGUACUGCCAUAACCACGAGGAUGCUGCCCCUCGACGAAGAGGUCCAACUUUACACCACCGGCGCAGAACGGGAGAAAUACUCUCUUCUAGCUACGCUCUUCGGUAUUGUAGUCGCACUGGACUUUCUGGAACGCGCAUACGUCCGCGAUUCAAUUACUGCCGCUGAGUACUCGCCGGCAUGCACGAGGUUGUUGUCGCAGUAUAUGACGAUGCUCAAGUUGGUCAAGGAUUCGAUCCCGUCGAUCGAGGAGUUCAUGACCCGCUAUCGCCUUGAUACGCCUGCUGCGCUGCAUAGGAUCAAGGUAGGGGUACCCGCCACGGUGGAGCAUUCGAGCGAGGCUGCUGAAACGACAAAGAACUUCAUAACCUUCAUGGACGCACUCAAGUUACGUCUGCGCGCAAAAGAUCAGCUACAUCCUAUCCUUCAAGAAUUCGUUACGGGGUAUGCGAGAAGUCGCAUGGUCGGGUGGUUGAUCACCCUCAACGGGAUGAACAUACACAACGAUUUUAUCACUCCUGUACUGGAAUCCGAGCACCUCCCAGCACAAUUUUGA